AUGCAUCACUUGAUAAUCGCACUAAAUGUUAUCACCACGGUCUGGGCAGCCCUUCCGUGCGAUGAUGGACCGGUGUAUAUAAGAGAACUUGAAGCUCUAGUAAAACCUAAAAGCGAAAAACUCAAACUAAAAAAAUUAGCAGAGGAGAAGCACAUGAUCAGAAAUGAGCAAAUGCAACAGCUCAAGAAAAUUCUCAGAACAUUGCCGAAAGACAUCGAAAAAAAAUAUCAAAAAAUAGUUGAAGACAAAAAAGCAGCGAAGAGACGUUGGUAUGCUAAGGCUACGAAUGAUGCUACCAAAAACGGCUACAUAGCGCAACUGUCGAUUUUGGCGAAAAAACAGGCAAUUGAUACCGAUAUGAGCAUAUCGGACGCGGAAGCACGAAAGCGGGAGGAUCAGUACAAGAAAACGCUUACAAAGCAGCAACGAAAAGAUUUCGAUAACACUGGUCCCAAAAAAUGUGCAAGAAAAGACUCCCGCCAACGGUUCAACGCUAUUGCUCUCUUGAUUUUUGUGGGAAUUGCACUGAUCAUUUAA